ACUGGUUCGUGUUGUUUUUGAGAGGUUCGUAUUAUUUUGACUUGUUCGUGUUAUUUUGACACAAGAAUUUAGACAAUGACAUAUUGUAAUAAAUGCGGUUUUCUGGGCUUCUGCAUUUUGUUGUCCGUAUUUCUGGUAGUGAAUGUUAUUGCUCAGUUAUACACCACGGAAACAGAGUUCGAUGAUCUAAAAACAGAAACAGGAUUAAUAUCUGAAGAUGACAGUGAAUCCCUCUCAGACUGUGCUUUUCUGUGUAAACACCGCUGUCAUUGCUUUGGGUUUAAUUCGUUUGUAAACAAAUGUCGCCUCCACAGAUUCUGUGUCAUGGAAGAAAUGAGUUCUACAGAAGCCGGAUGGAAGUAUUAUUGCACAGGUUAUACAGCUCUACCAAAGGAUUGUCAGGAGUAUUAUAACAAUGGACAGACUCAGUCGGGGAUAUAUGGUAUAUCUCCGUACAGAAAGCGAUGUCAUGUUGUCUAUGUAUUCUGUGAUAUGGUGACGAAUGGAGGAGGGUGGACGGCAAUUCAAAGACGGCGUAGCGGAGUUGUGAGUUUUGAGAAGACUUGGGUGGAGUAUAAGAUUGGCUUUGGGGAGGCAGUUACCGCAUAUUGGAUUGGAAAUGAAAUCAUUCACCUGUUUACUAAGGACAUUAACCCAUACCUGUAUGUUUCGAUCACACUAAACAAUGGUACGAGUUAUCAUCAGAUGUAUGACCAGUUUUCCGUGUCUGAUGAAGCAGACAAGUACCGACUUUUUCUCGCAGGACCUUCCCAGGGAACAUUGGGUGAUAGAAUGUUGAACACUGGAGUAGCUGAUGCUGAUAUUUCCGGUAUGUUCUUUAGUACACCUGACCAGGACAACGACGGAACAACUGCAUACGACUGUGCAGCCACCUAUCGAGCAGGGUGGUGGUUUAAUUAUUGCCACCACGCUUUGCUGAACGGACAGUGGUACCCACAAUACUGGUAUCUGCCAUGGUUUUCCAUCAUUCCUGAUGGAACGGAUGUGAAUGAAACACUAAUGAUGAUAAAACGCCACUAA